AGCAGAGGAGCCUGAGUGGAGCUGGUACAUCUGUGUUUCUGCCUUUUUUUAACAGAUAAAUGAACUUCAACGGAGAAGAUAAGUGAAAGCGACUCACCCAGGAUGACCUGACGAAGACACAGGAGCUCGGGUGUUUCGCUUUAAAUAGUUAUCACCGUUCCUGUGUGGCUAACCGAGCUUGCUCGCAGGCUGCAGUGACUUCUGAUGGCUUCAACUUCUGCAGCUGGAAAAGUGACGUGGCAUGAAGGUGACAGAUGUCUGGCUCCUGACCCGAGAGAUGGCACCCUGCGAGAAUCCACCAUUAGGAGAAUGACCUCCGCCUCUGAUGAUGAAGACGCCACAGCAUGGGUGAUAUUCACUGGUGGCAGUAAAGAGGAGGAGGAGGAGGAGGAGGAGGAGGAGGAGGAGGAGGCGGCGGAGGAACCCGUACCCGUCUCCAAACUCUUGAGACCAGGCUCGGAUCAUUUCACGCAGGAGAAACCCAUGUUUCCAAGAAGCGUCACAGACCCCAGGCUGUGUGUUCCUUUAGAUCUGAGUGGUGCUGAAGGAGACAGAGUCCCCUACACCAUCAAUAGAUACCUGAGGGAUUACCAGAGAGAAGGCAUCAGGUUCAUUUACAGCAACUACGUCCAUUCAAGAGGUUGUAUCCUGGGGGAUGACAUGGGCCUGGGAAAAACUGUGCAGGUCAUUGGUUUCCUUGCUGCUGUGUUGCACAAAACAGGCACAUGGGAGGACAUCGAGAACAACAGGCCUCAGUUUCUGCAGAGUCAGAAGCCCUGCAGGGAAAGUAGACCAAACAAAGUGUUCCUCAUUGUCGCCCCACUCUCAGUGCUUUAUAAUUGGAAAGAUGAAUUGGACACAUGGGGUCACUUCCAGUCUGUGGUGGUCCACGGGCUGAGGAAAGACGAGGAGUUGGCGCGUAUCAAGAAGGGACGCACUGAGAUCGCUCUCACUACCUAUGAGACUCUGCGUCUUAGCCUUGAUCAGUUUAACAACAUAGACUGGUCUGCUGUGGUUGUGGAUGAGGCCCACAAAAUAAAAAAUCCAAACUCUCAGAUCACUCAGGCCAUGAAGGAUCUAAGAUGUAAGAUCAGAAUUGGCCUCACUGGCACCAUCUUGCAGAACAACCUGGAGGAGCUGUGGUGCGUCAUGGACUGGGCCAUACCUGGUUGUCUUGGCAGCUUGGGACAUUUCAAAAAUAAGUUUUCGGGUCCAGUUGAACAAGGUCACAGGCACAGUGCUACAAAACGUGCUCUAGCCACAGGGAGACAGACUGUCAGAGCUCUGGUGAAGAAGAUUUCCCGCUAUUUCCUCAGAAGGACUAAAGCUAUCAUCAAGGAUCAACUGCCGAAGAAAGACGACAGAGUGGUGUACUGCUCUCUCACAGACUUUCAGCAGACGGUGUAUCAGGCAGUGCUGGACACUGAAGAUGUGAUGUUACUGCUGAGGUCUUCAGAGAAAUGUGACUGUCAAAGUGGACGCACUCGCAGACGCUGCUGCUAUCAAGCUAACUCUGACGGGGUUGAAAUAAAGGGGCUCUACUUUAGUUACUUGGCCAUUUUGAGGAAAGUUGCCAACCAUGUAGCGCUGCUUCAGUCCACUGCAGGCACCAGCAAGAAACAGGAAAAGUAUGUUGGAAAAGUUUGUGAAAAGGUGUUCCAGAAGUUUCCAGAGUUUGUGCAGCGAUGCAAAGAUGAAUCGUUCGAGGCCUUAUCGGACCCCAUGUACAGUGGAAAGAUGAAGGUGUUACAAAAGCUGCUGAAGUAUUAUCUGAAAAAGAAGGAUAAAAUCCUUAUUUUUUCUCUCUCGACCAAGCUGUUGAAUGUGCUGGAGAGCUACUGCAUGGCAGAGGGGCUGGACUACCGCAGGUUGGACGGAGCCACCAAAUCCAAAGAGAGAGUCCAGAUCGUCAAAGAGUUCAACAGCUCCUCUCACAUCAACCUCUGCCUGGUUUCCACCAUGGCGGGGGGUCUCGGUCUUAACUUCGUAGGGGCAAAUGUUGUAGUGCUGUUUGACCCCACAUGGAACCCUGCCAAUGACCUCCAAGCUAUUGACAGGGCAUAUCGUAUUGGCCAGUACAGGGAUGUGACUGUCCUCAGGCUCAUUUCAUUAGGGACUGUAGAGGAGGUUAUAUACCUCCGACAAGUGUACAAGCAGCAAUUGCAGAGCUCAGUCAUGGGUAAGGAGAGUGCACGGCGGUACUUUGAGGCGGUGCAGGGGCGCGGUGUUAACAAGGGGGAGCUGUUUGGGAUCAAAAACCUCUUCCGGCUGCAGAUUCAAGGAACGUGCCUGACUCGCAAGAUAUUAGAGAGAGAGGGACAAGUGGCGGCUGGGAUAAUGACAACCAGCACACACAUGAGCGAAGAAAAGGAGGAGGAGGCGAAGGGAGCUAGCGACGUUGGAGAUUUUCCGCCUACAGAUUGCCCCGUACCAACCGUUGAACCAACCAAGGAGAGCAGAGAUGCAUCAAACGUCCCUGGAGGUGUCCUGGACUUCAGCAGUGGGAGUGAAUUAGAUGAAGUGGAGCAGGAAUUUAAGAGGAAGAUCUCAAACCCCAGUACGGUGGAUGGCAAAAGGAGUGGAAAUGCAUCCACUGGUCCCGGUCGAAUGAGUCUCCUCCUGCACGGUUUCUCCAAACUCUUAGAAGAGGUUAAAGGAAAACCGGAGUCAGCCGAAGGGGACAGUAGCACAGCGAUCGAGGAAAGCCCCUCUGAGGAAGAUGAUGAGGAUAAAAAGAGGGAGGUUGCCUCCUCUGUCAUCUGCAAGAGCUCCAAUCCAGGAAAUGAUGUAGUCUGUUUGCCUAAAAUUGAAACAAGAACCUGGGCCAUGUCCAGCACUACAGACGGAGAAAAGAGGGUUUCUCUGUUGACAAAGAGUGACGAUGCUGUAAGAAAGAGGCAAGAUCUGAAAAAACAUGCAGAUGAGAAUGACGACAUUUCCUCUGCAUACAAAAAGACUCCUAACAAGCUCAAAGUCCCGAAAGUGCACCACGUUCAGGGAUACUCUGAUGAAUCUGAAGAUUUGGACAUAGAGGCAGUGAUGAGGCCGAAGAGUGCAGCCUUAGAUCCACACAACAGAGGAGGAGACAAAGUGAAGGGAAGGCUGGACCGCAACAGAAAGAGGCAACGUGCUAGUGUCAGGGACAAGGCCAGCUCCAAACACACAGAGGACAUAGAGACAUUCACAUCUUCAGAUGAUGAUGAACACACGCCGGUUAAGAAAGGAAGAUCCCCAAUCUGUCCCUUCAAAUCUCCACAGACGGAAAGGUCCAGAGUUAAGGAAAAAAACGCUGGAGAAAAAGCUUCAACAACCAGCAGGACUGAGAGACCAGCAGAGUCACCCAAAACUGGUUCCUUCACAAAUCUGAAAAGUCAAACAUCCCAGACGUCCAAAGGAAAAGAUGGAACCAUCGACAGUGUGCUAGGAGGCGUACAGGAGGUUGUAUAUACACACUCUAACCAGCGUGUGGUCGGAGGGAGCAAAGCAGAGGAGCUGAUCAGCAGAGCGGCUGUACGAGACGUGUUUGAACGCAGGAUGUACUCGCAGCUCCCGGCCAAUCACCUUCUAGACACCAUGGAGAGUCUGUUAGAGAGCCCACCAGGCAGUCCUCCACACCCUUCUCCUGUGAGACUUGAGAGGCCCACUGUGGACCAUCCAGUCACCUUCACCAACAAGAGUGUGCGCCACACCAGGCACACCACCUUCAUCAUUGGAGAGACUCCCCAGGCUAUAUGCAGGCAGCAGCUGGAAGAAAUGGCCGGAAAGUUCAGAUUCCCCUCAGUGCAUCAGUUUGCAAAGGAGAUUCUGCAAAAAGACUCAGCCCAAAGACUGGACUGGCUGCGGCAGUAUUACACUUCACUAAACCACCCUGACCUAGCUGAAACAGUCACAAGCAACUUCCCACAGCCGGAUCUACAGCCGGCUUCUUCCUCUUCCUCCUCAACAUCUACCAAAACGGCUGCUGCCCACUCAACCAGAACCCCACAGAAGGAUGUCACAAAAGCCAAGAAAAGGCCUAAAUACACCAAGAGAAAUCCUGAGACUGAAAUGGAGCAAAACAUCCCACAAAACAAUGUUUCAGCACCACUGAAGAAGUCUAGAAACCCACUGAAUGGUGUUCGAGAACCCCAUAAAAAGCAAAAGAGCCAACAAAAGAAUGUUGUAGAGCGUCUGAGUGAUGUCUCAGGCCUGGAGUCAGAGGAGCAGGAAGAGGAUGUGUGCAGUGCCAGAGGAUAUAAGGGGACAAAGAGGGGUAGUGUUUCUACUUCUGGUGCUUUCAGGACUGGUGGUGGUCUUGGCUUGGACCAGGCCAGCGGCAGUGGUCUGGGGUCUGGGGAGGCUGCCGCUUUCCUGAGCCGCACACACAGAGAUGUCCCUUCUUCUCCGGACCUCAGCCAUGGCAGGUCGUCGGUGAUGUCCAAACCCACGGCGCAGGGAAGGGAGCGAGAGCAAAAACUGUCUUCAAGGGCCGGUAAACCUUUUCAAGGCCAGGGGGAAAAUCCUUCCCCUGCUUCGAAGGCCACAUCUCCCUCCAGUGAUCGUUCCUUCCUCACAGAUCUGAUAGGAGACACUUCCGUCCUUGAUGAUUUGUUGAAACCAAGACCCAGGGGUGCACAAGAAAAGAGGACUACAAAACCACCCCCUGCACCAUCCUCGACCUCAGAAAGCAAACACCUCACCAACCCGUCUCCAUCCGCUCUGAGAACUGAUUCAGGAUCAGCACAGUCCGACACACCGCUCACACAUCAGGCAGUAUCAAAGGGCAACCGCAAAGACUUCUGGGACAUCCUGAAUGAGGGUAAUGAAGAAAGCAUCAACAGGUUAACAGAUCCGGCAGAAGUGCAGAGGGUUUGCAUCAAUACGAACUUUAAAGUUAAAAAGAGAUCAGAAGGAGAGGAGGAGAGAAAGACUCUGUGGAAGACUAAUGACAAGUUUCUGUGGAAGAAAUAACACGAGAGACUAGAGAGAUAAUACAUUUACAUAAAGGUUAGGAAAGAUUAGCUUGACACUUUUAUACUUUUUACUUUUGCAGGUCUUAAAGAGAUUUUUUUAAAAACAUGAAUGUACCGUCGUUAUAGGUUUUCCUACCUCAAAGUUUAAGAUUUUAUUGUUUUAAAAUAUUGCUUUGUCUGUACCUUUUUUUUUUUUUUUUAAUUGAGUUUUUACUUACCUGUUGUUUUAAAACAAAAUCUGUAUUUGAAUCUGUUUCUGAUUGAAUUAUUAAGGUAGUGGCACAAUGAUGACUCUUGCCUGAAUAAAGAGGAUGUUAAAGAAAA